CGUAGAUUUUUCAUUACCGAUACUUUUGCGAACACAAAACAAGCUUAGCAAAGACUUGCACCAAAAACGAAUGAAGUUUUAUACUCACACACCUGUUCUGAAGUAGUUAUUUAUAAAUUUUGUUGAUCAUGCAGUCAGUCGUUGGUUUAUUUACCCUCUACACUUUCUUACUCUGUGCAUUUGAGCUCGGAGCCACAACCAAUGCCACUGCUAAGAUUGAAACAGAACAGCCUGACGAAGACGAGUUAAACAAGCCUUUCCUGAUUGGAAUGAUGCUUAUUGCAGUUGCUACUUUCAUCGUAGUAACAUGUCUCCUUGUCUCCUACUGCAACCAUGCCAGGGCUCAGGCAGUUGAAUCAAAUCAGGCAGACAACGGAGGCAUUCAUGAUGUGCCGGACGCGGGGUAUGUACCUUCGGAAAUCUACAAAAAUCCUCCCAACGGGCCGAGCAGCGCCAAUAGCGAAACACUUGGCAACCACGGUCUAACACUAGAGGGCGGCUUUCAACGGAGUUCUUUUAACUCGGGUCGUGAACCCCACCCACAGUAACUACCGUCCAUUUGAAUCGGGCCAUUCGGAAUAAACUUGGUCCAUUCGAAUUAAAUUGAUUCUGAUUAUAAUGAUUAUCAUAAAUACAGCAGAUAUCAACAUUAUAGAGAAUCAUGUAAACAACAGGUUUGGAUCAGAAUUUAGUUAGUUUGAAAUUUGAUUAUAGCGAAACUGGACUCAUGUUGGUUACAAAAGCUUUGAAAAUAUAUAAAAUGACAUUGUUUUUGAGAACAAGAGUUAAUAAUCUGUCUUGUC